UUUUAUUAUCAUAAAUGUACGACAUCAAAUUUACAUGUCCACUUAUUUAUUUACUGGCAAACUUUCUGGCGACGCUGAGGUGGCAAAAUAAUCCUUACGUGGCAACAUAUAACUGGUUGUAAAUACGUAUCUUCAACAGUGUAACUACCAAUUAGCACAAGAUAACACUCGGUGGUUUGCCUCUAUUAAUAGGGUAACUUCCUCUGGUUAUCAAAAACAAACAGUCUUGAAAAAUCAAAGAAGCAACCUCUAAACAACACACAAUUUCGAAAAUGGCGCAGCGAUCUAGGGUUAUCACCAUGUCUCCUCUCAUUCUCGAUCAAGAAGUUGAUCUCGAUCUCUGGGAAGUUGUUAAUCCUUCUGAUGGCGAGUUCUCCGACGAUUCUUUCUCCGUCGAUAGUCUUUCCGACGAUGACGUCAUAUCUCUUGACGACGCUUCCUUUGUCGCACCCUCUGUCAUUUCUCCGCCGCAUGAGAUAAUUCCUAUUGCUGACGGUGGUGAUCUCGCCGUGGAUCUGGAUGGUGAUGAUGAUGUUGGCGAUGAUGUCGUUCGCGAUGAAGUUGAUGAGAAUGAUCUUGGAUGGUCUCAGCAGCGGAUGAUGUUUCUCGGUGGAGGUUCUGGUUAUUCUGUUGGAAUUACGUACGGAGAUAGUGUUAAUGACGACGGCGAAGAAGAUCGCGAGUACGACGAUUCGUAUGAUCUUGACGAAGAGUUGGUUCCGCGUAGCGUGAGUAAGAAGGUGGGGAGACAAAGGAUGAGGAAACUGGGGAAAAGAGCAAUCGCCAAGGUCUAUGCCUCGAAGAUAUCUCCGUUUUUGAAGCCUGGUAUCGUUCGUGGUAAGCAUGGUCUCGGCAUGAAAUUCAAGUGCUGAUUGUGUUGGGAUUUCGAAGUUUCACAAGGCGAUGGGAUGGUUUCUUCAAGAACUCUCGGUAGAAUUUCUCAGUUUCUGGGUUUAAUUGAUGUGUAAAUUUGUUAGUUCAAUUUCAAUUCCUCUUUAGUAGUAAGUAAUUCGGAUGCUUCUGAAGAUCUCAUUGUACAUGAUGGAAAUUAAAUAACUCGCAUUUUAGGAUUCAUUGUUCAUUAACUGAUCGCUUUCUUUGAUGGCUCUUUAAUUUGGUUGAUCAGAUUGUGAUUGUGAAUCUUGGGUUAGCAAAUUGUAGUGUUGAAAUGGAGAAGAUGAUGAAUGGAUCAUAAUAACUCUUGAUAGAUGAGCUCGUUUAAUCUUGUGUGAACCUUAGAAUUGAAAACGACAGCUAAACUGUAGCAAUGAUUUAACAGGAAGAAGGUUUGUGUUUGGUGGUGG